UGGGGAUGUGAGUACCACGUCUUAUUGGCUAACCUUUAGGCUCUGAAACCAGCGUGUGUUCUCGCAUUGUUGGGAGUCGUGGAUUUAAAUUGAGAGAGUGGAAAUCUGGAUCUGCUGCCUAAUUGUUCAUCAUCAUUAUCUUAGAAUCAAGAUGGCCCUAAAUGUCUUUGAUCAUGAUGAAUACAGGCCACCAGUGUGGAAAUCCUACUUAUAUCAGCUCCAGCAGGAGGCACCUCACCCACGCAGAGUCACCUGCACCUCUGAGGUUGAAAACCGACCUAAAUACUAUGGCAGAGAGUUCCAUGGGAUGAUCUCAAGAGAAGAGGCCGACCAGCUACUGAGUCAGGCCGAAGGCAGCUACCUCAUCAGAGAGAGUCAGAGGCAGCCGGGCACAUACACACUGGCUCUAAGGUUUGGGAACCAGACGAGAAACUUCCGUCUCUACCAUGAUGGGAAGCACUUUGUUGGGGAGAAAAGGUUUGAGUCCAUCCACGACCUCGUCACAGAUGGCCUCAUCACACUCUACAUUGAGACGAAGGCAGCGGAGUACAUCGCUAAGAUGACCAUAAACCCUAUCUAUGAGCAUGUAGGCUACACCACUCUGAAUCAGGAGCCCACCCUGAAAAAACACCUGCCUCACAGCCAGGAGGAACCCGACGGACUGACUCCAGCCAAAGAUGACCGCAACGCAGAGGAGAGGCUCACAUCACUGGUGCGGCGGGCCACCCUGAGGGAGAGCGACUUGGCACCCAAGUAUGAGAAGGUCCACAACUUCAAGGUUCAUACAUUCAGGGGCCCUCACUGGUGUGAGUACUGUGCCAACUUCAUGUGGGGUCUCAUUGCUCAGGGAGUGAAAUGUGCAGACUGUGGGUUGAACGUCCAUAAGCAGUGCUCCAAAGUCGUCCCGAAUGACUGCCAGCCGGACCUUCGGCACGUCAAGAAGGUGUACAGCUGUGACCUGACCACGCUGGUCAAAGCCCACAACACCAAGAGGCCCAUGGUGGUCGACAUGUGCAUACAGGAAAUUGAGGCCAGAGGUCUUCAGUCAGAAGGUUUGUACAGAAUAUCAGGCUUCAGCGAGCUGAUUGAAGACGUCAAGCUGGCCUUUGAUAGAGAUGGUGAGAAAGCAGAUAUUUCCUCAAAUGCUUACGAGGACAUCAACAUCAUCACCGGAGCCCUCAAACUCUACUUCAGAGAGCUGCCUAUUCCCCUCAUCACAUACGAUGCCUACCCACGCUUCAUAGAAGCUGCAAAGAUAACGGACCCAGAGAAACGCCUGGAGGCCCUCCAUGAGGCCUUGAAGCUGCUGCCACCAGCUCACUGCGAGACGCUGCGAUGCCUCAUGGCUCACCUCAAGAGAGUGACGCAGUAUGAGAAGGAGAACCUCAUGUCCAGCGAGAAUCUAGGCAUCGUCUUUGGCCCGACACUUAUGAGGGCACCCGAGCUGGAUGCCAUGACGGCGCUCAAUGAUAUCCGAUACCAGAGACUGGUGGUGGAAAGUCUCAUUACCAAUGAAGAUGUGUUGUUUUGAGAUACAAGUGGAGAUGAACAGAGAGACUGGGGAAGAUGCCUGAAUACUUUUAAAGAUAAAAAGAUGACUUCCCACGAGAAAAUGAAGGAGAAACAUGCAAGAUACUCGUGUCUGGCUAGCAAGGAUAAAAAGUACACUACCUGCUUGUGUGAGGAGUGGAGAAAUGGAGAAAUGAAGGAAGUGACUUCAAAGAAGCAAUUUAAAUAAAAACUGUCUCAAGUCACAGUAGCUUUGAGUGUAGAAGUGGAUGGAAGGAUGAAGUGUUUCCCUACAUUUUAAUGAAAACCUGAGCAAAGCUUAAGUCACUGAGCCCUACUCCAUCGUCACAAGUUGGCAUUAGAAACCUAUUAUUUAUCAGAAGGAUAAUGAACAUGUGUAGUAGAAACACUUCAGGAUCCAUCUUUAUGUUCUUGUGUUUUCUCCCUUAAAAGCAUACCUUGACAUUUUUGGAGUAUUGAAAAUGUUAGUUUGGUUUAUCAUUGAAAUCAGAUGUUAUUGCUAGCCAAUAAUGGUUUCCAACUGUCAAUGCAAGCGCUUCUGAUUCUGCCUACUUUCUUAGUGUCAAGGUGUCUGAUUUAAUUCUCCACAACAGAAGCAGCAGCAGCAGCACUGGCUUCCUAUCAGUUGACAGCUGGAUUGAUGGAUGGAUGAAUGAGUGGAAAAAGUGUAUUGCUCACCCUUGGCGCAUCCUCAUUCCUCCAGAUGGAACUAAAGUGAUUUGGACCUAUUGUCUUUUUUUUUUUUUUUUUUUUUUUCUUUUUUCAUUCCUCUUCUUUUGCAUUGCUUUACAGCUCCCCCUUCUGCCCUGUCACUGAAUUAUAACCACACAGCAACCAGAAAACGGCAACUAAGUCUUUUUUGUUUUUUCUUUUUUUUUUUUUAAAGGUGUGAUGCUGUGUAAUUACUCCAAGUGAUAGAACGGGCAGAGCUGUAAAUUAACAAUCCUCUGUUCUCUCACUUUUCCACUUGCCUCGGGUUGAAAACCUGACAGGAAAUGACACUUAAAAUUCAGCGAGAGUCUAUUUAAAGGAAGCAUAUUUCCAGUUAUCUCUACGCUGGAAGAUGUCGUGCAUCUACCCAAAUGAAAUGUUGCUCCUGACUGAACAUAUACACAUAGAAUAACAAAGAUUGUGCCAGACCAUCUGCCAGACAAUGACACACAGUCUUUACCAGUAUUUGUCAGGCAGCUCUAGCUGUUAAACUUCACUGUAGUGGCAGGUGCUGAAGUGUGUGUGUGGGGGGGGGGGGCUUGAAACGCAAAUAUGUAAGCCGGUGCUUUCUGAUGUUUUUGCUUUGGUUUGUCAUUUGUAUAAAGCAGCGUUGUAAUUAAGCAGUGUUUGUUAUGAAGCAGAUUUUCCGAUGAAAGUACUAAUUGAAAUUCAUGAUCACUCGCCCGGCCGCAAUUCAACAAAAUGAAGCACGCUGAUAAUUUCGAGGCCUGUCUGUAUUAUUGGCCUGAGCGGGAUAAUUGGAGAAGUUUUAAUAUCAAAUCCAAUCCCAAUUGCUUUGCAUCUGUGCUUUGCUUCUCUUUCUGUAAACAUGUUUGGAAAUCAUGCAUCUGUCACUUGUGUUGAUGCCACUUAAUCUAACUGUGAAACUGUGGGAAGUGAUGAUAAUUACACGCCCGAAGGCCAGUCUGUAGUUCAUACCUUUCUCCUCUUAAGGUCUGCCUUCUGCAGUGAAAAUGAGAUUUUGCCUGACUACAGCAGGUGACAGAUAACAGAGGUUAUUGAGCUUGCUGUAAUGUUUUGAUGCCAUGAAAGCAGUAUUAAUAAUGAAACUUGUCUGCAAUACUUCUCUUGGUAUUUUUUUGAAACUAGUGCCAUUGUAAAGGGUGGAGGUGUAGAAUGGAGGCUUUAUGCAUGUACCCCCACCUCCACUAACUCACCUUGACUCAUUCCUACCCCCAUUUUUGUCGGGGGUCACUGAGUAGUGACGACCCACCAGUCAUGGAUACUUUUUGUUUGUUAAAUGGAGCGUACCCAUGCAGAGCUGGGAGUAAAUCACAUGGAUGUAACAUAAAAAUAACAUCAGCAGUUUUCUAACUGAUUAUGUUUUAGGUUUUUAUGUUAUGUUUAUUUACAUUGUCUAACCAUGAACUAACUCUUAUCUGACUAACCUGAUGACAACUUGUGAGCCUUCAGUGAUCUGUGAUAGCUGCUUUUUAGCUUCAUGAUUAAAAUGUCCUUUUUCUUUUUAUUAAUGUCUUUGCUGUAAAGAAUUUUCUAUAUGGUUUAUGC